AUGAACGGCACGGAGGGCCCCAACUUCUACGUGCCCUUCUCCAACAAGACGGGCGUGGUGCGCAGCCCCUUUGAGUACCCCCAGUACUACCUGGCCGAGCCCUGGCAGUUCUCCAUGCUGGCCGCCUACAUGUUCCUGCUGAUCGUGCUUGGCUUCCCCAUCAACUUCCUCACGCUCUACGUCACAGUUCAGCACAAGAAGCUGCGUACACCUCUCAACUACAUCCUGCUCAACCUGGCCGUGGCCAACCUCUUCAUGGUCUUUGGAGGCUUCACCACCACCCUCUACACCUCUCUGCAUGGAUACUUCGUCUUCGGGCCCACGGGAUGCAAUCUGGAGGGCUUCUUUGCCACCCUGGGUGGGGAAAUUGCCCUGUGGUCCUUGGUGGUCCUGGCCAUCGAACGGUACGUGGUGGUAUGCAAGCCCAUGAGCAACUUCCGCUUCGGGGAGAAUCACGCCAUCAUGGGCCUCGCCUUCACCUGGGUCAUGGCGCUGGCCUGUGCUGCGCCCCCACUCGCCGGCUGGUCCAGGUACAUCCCAGAGGGCAUGCAGUGCUCGUGUGGGAUCGACUACUACACGCUCAAACCCGAGGUCAACAACGAGUCCUUCGUCAUCUACAUGUUCGUGGUCCACUUCACCAUCCCCAUGAUCGUCAUCUUCUUCUGCUACGGACAGCUGGUCUUCACAGUGAAGGAGGCGGCUGCUCAGCAGCAGGAGUCUGCCACCACCCAGAAGGCAGAGAAGGAAGUCACCCGCAUGGUCAUCAUCAUGGUCAUCGCAUUCCUGAUCUGCUGGGUGCCCUACGCCAGCGUGGCAUUCUUCAUCUUUACCCACCAGGGCUCUGACUUCGGCCCCGUCUUCAUGACCAUCCCGGCAUUCUUCGCCAAGUCCUCCUCCAUCUACAACCCCGUCAUCUACAUCAUGAUGAACAAGCAGUUCCGGAACUGCAUGCUCACCACCCUCUGCUGUGGCAAGAACCCACUGGGUGAUGACGAAGCAUCCACCACUGCCUCCAAGACGGAGACCAGCCAGGUGGCACCAGCCUAA